CAGAGAGGUACAAGCGGCCGCUCUCCACAGGGCUAUUGAACUACUCCCGUUUCGUGCGAUUCUGGCCUGGAAUUGAUGACUGAAAGUAUCUGUAAAUGAGGCACGCCACGUGUAUUUGCCUGUUUUUUUGGACAGCAUUUGGUGGAAUCGAUUCUAUUGGGAGAUUUAACCCUGUGUGAGCAGCACUUCUGGAAUAUAUCUUUUUUUUUUUUGCGCUGAGAGCUUGAAUCUUUGUUUCUUUUCCUUUUACGGCAUCAGUGGCAGCGCCAGGGGUUUGGUGUCAUUGGUUCGGCUUUUGAUGUACCCUAUUUAAAACAUUUGGGGGGCAAAUUGAUAGGAUUUUGAUUAAUAGGUAGGCUAGCAGCAAAUGGUGCUAGUGCCAUGUUUCUUAGGGCCCGGAUGUUCCGAGGAUGCACUGGUUCGUCUUCUUAGGUGGUUCAAGCAAAUAUAUAUUUCUGUGUUUCAACUCCAGAAUGGGGAUCAGGUAAUAUUUAUUGAAACGCAAAAAAAAAAAGGAAUAUCGAAAGCUGUCCGGGCGUUUUCCGUUUUUUUUCUUCUGUUUGGUUUAUUUUUUUCUCUACUCCUUUUCACAACCUCUUUCUCCAUUCAACUACGGAUAAAGCUGGACCACAUUUAUGGUAAAUGAAAGCAAAAACAUGUACAUACCAGAGGACACCCUUGAGAACCAUCAAGGCUCCGACUACUCCCCCCCACCGCUGCCGCCGCCGGUGGUGGCGCCCAGCCUGAACGAUACCAGCGCUGCAGAUGGGGGAGGCAGCGUGGGUGUGGGUGGUAUCACAGCCCUGGGUGGAGGUGGAGGUGGAUGCGGGCCCCUGGAGGCCGUGGUCGGAGGGGCGGUGGUGGGGCUAGCGGCCGAGCACAUCCCCAGCGGCCCCGGGGCGGCCCUUACCUGGCAGGCGGCCAUCGAAGCGGCGCGGCAGGCCAAGCAGAUGGGGAACGCUGGCGCGCCCAUCUCCACAGCCAGCUCCACACAGAGGAGGAGACAGCACUACAGCAACAAGCCCAAGAAACCCACCAACACGGCCCCCACCAGACCUCCCAGAGCACUGCUCUGUCUCACCCUCAAGAACCCCAUCCGGAGAGCAUGCAUCAGCAUUGUGGAGUGGAAACCGUUUGAAAUAAUCAUUUUGAUGACUAUAUUUGCUAACUGCGUGGCCUUAGCCGUCUACAUCCCCUUCCCAGAGGACGACUCCAAUGCCACCAACUCCAACCUGGUAAGUCGCACCUGACCUGACACAGGCUCUUAUGUCAUAUUGCUAUGGUUGUUACUCUGUGUUUGACUGCAGGUGGCUGCAUGGGGUGGGGUUGUCAUGAUACCAGUAUCCCGAUACUCUUAUUUUUUUUGGGGUUUGGUGACAACCCUGGAGUGAACGUGGAGCGCAGCCAAUGCAUUGACUUGGGACUUACGUAAAGGUACGUGUUGGUGUUUGACAGUGUAAAUGGUGUGAAUGUGGAGUGUGAAUGGAGUGAAUGUGGAGUGCUGACAUUGUGGUGACUUGGUCCUCCUGUAUGUUAAUGGUGUGCUGUUGUGUGGCGCUGUGGUUGACAGUGUAACUGCUGGCUAUGUGGAGGUAAUAUGGGUCGCCGCCGGUGCAGUGACGUUGAAUGACUUGAUAUGUUUUGGUCGAUGCUGUAUGGUGGAGACAGACUGGUGAUGUUUGGUUGGACCAUGGGAUAUUAAUAUCCAUGGUGAUACAUACGGGUUAUAUUUAAAACAUACCACAUAUCCGUACUAUUUA